CAGCCUUGGGUCGGGCCGGGCCGGCCCAGGUAGCCAGCUACGGGGUCUGAAACGGAAAAAGCAGCCCCAAACCCCCAAAUCCCUGCCUUCGCUUCUCUGGUGACGGGUUGCGGCGCCGGCGACGAGGCACUGAGCAAGAUGGCGAGCUCGGCGCUGAGACGAUCUCUUCCACGACGCCUGCUCACUUCCGACCCAUCAUCCGCCGCAGCCUCCUUGUUCCGCCGCUCCUUCCUGUCCGGAGAGGGCGCGGGGGAGAGUGCGGACGACUUUGAGAAACGUCUGUUUGAGUCAGAUGACAAGUCAUUCUUCGAGAAGCUCGAUGGGGUCGGGAGCUCCUUUGGAAGACACGGCACCGGCUCUGGAAUGGGUGCUUUUGGUCGGCCCGAGUUUGGUCAGCGUAGUAGUAAUGGUGGGUUCAUGGACGGUUUUGAUUCCUUGAACGAUGGCAUGAACGAGAAGUUGGACGACGCUGCCCGCACCUUUCAUAUGACGGAGGAGGUUGAGGAUGAUGACUACGAUUUCAGGCCGGAUGUGAAUUACAGGCGUGGCUCGACUUACAAUGUCCGGGAUCUUGACCUUACAAGACCUGCAGCCCCAAGGAAUCCUCCAAGACCUCAGUUUGAAACGUCUACAAAGGAGGUUUUAAGGAAAGCCGAUUUUAGGAAUGUUAGAUUCCUCUCCAACUUUCUUACAGAAGCUGGCAUUAUCAUCAAGAGGAAUCAGACCAAGAUAAGCGCGAAAGCUCAGCGCAAGGUUGCGAGGGAGAUUAAGACAGCGCGUGCGCUGGGACUGAUGCCUUUCACGACGAUGGGCAAGAAGCCGUUCAUGUUUGGCAGAAGUGCAGAGGAGGAUGCUUCAGAGGAGGAGUAUGGGUACGACUUCGUCGAGAAGGAUGCUGGGCCUGAAGAUGCCGUUGCCGAUGCCGAUGCCGUGCCCGAUGUGGAGGCCGCGUAAACAGUGUGGGCGUUGUCGCCUCUACAAGCUCGCCCAAUUUGCAAACUGCAGAUGUCUAAAAAUGCAGCGGCCGACGACUUAAGGAUAUUGUGACGAACUGUUACUUUGUUCUUUGUUCUGAAGGAGAUAUGCCUUGUGCUCAGUUAUCCUCAUUUUCAGGUUCGCCUUUGAAAGAGAAUGUGCGGAACACAUAAUAAGCAUAUGCUCGUUUUGCUUAUGGUUUCAGAAGGAGAUAUGCCUUUUGCCCA